AUGUGGGAAGGAAAUAAAAACUUCUGUAAAAUAAGUAAAGAAAGCAUUGGCGGCACUAAGGACAGUAGCGACCCUUCAGUUGCAGAGACACCAAAAACGAAUGUAGAUGAAGACGAAGAAAUGGAUUUUUCUAAAAAUGAGGAUUUUAACGAAAAAGAUGGUGCAUCCUCAAUAUUGUCAGAAAGAUCAGCAACACCAACAUCUGGUGUCUCAUCACUCUCAUUUGCUAAUGCUACUUUUACUCAAAAGAGGAUUGAUGAUACAUUUGCUGAAAUAGGAUCAUUUAAAGAUGGUAUGAAAUCAAUUUUAAUAACAAAUAAAAUUUUAUACAUGAUUGUAAAAGAUAACUUGCCUUUAAACACCACAGAAACGUCCGGCUUUGUACAUUUUAUGAAAAGGGCUGUGCUACAUUAUAAAAUUCCAGGGCGAACAACAAUUACACAUUUAUUGGAUAAUAAAUAUGAUUUAUUAAGGAAUCUUAUGAAAAACGACUUGUCUCUUGUGAAACAUUUGUCUGUUACUGCAGAUGUCUGGACUGACACACUCAACACAAUAAGUUUUUUGGGUGCAACUGUUCAUUUUAUAAGGAAUGGUAAAUUUACUAACAUUGCCUUAUGCUUAGAAGAGUUGGAUGAAAGGCAUACAGCAGAAUUUCUGAAAGAGAAAUUGGUAAAUGUUUUCAACGAAUGCAACAUUAAAAUCUCCAAAAUUACUGCCAUAAUCACUGACAACGGAGCAAAUAUAGUAAAGGCAGGCGGUUACUCCAAACAUUCAGUUGCUGCUGCUGAUGAGCUGAGAAAGUUGACCCAUCUAAAGUUGAUACAGUCAGUUUCAAUCAGAUGGAACUCAACAUUUUUCAUGUUGGAACGUUUCUUAAAAAUUCGUGCUGAGGUCAGUAACGUUCUGUUGAAGUUUCCUAAAGCUCCUAGAAUGCUUACAGGUUUUGAAUUUAAUGAAAUCGAGGAAGUAGUUAAAUUACUACAACCUCUGGAGGUGGUAUCCAAAAAAAUGUGUGGUGACAAAUAUGCCACUGCUAGUAAAGUGAUACCAGUAGUUAGUAUAUUACAACAACAUAUUCUAGAUUUGGAUUUUCAAACAGAAAGUGCCAAAAAACUACAAGCUGCCCUGCUAGAGCAACUGCAAAAACGAUUUGGCAAAAUGGACGAGGUACAUUUAUUAGCAAUUGCCACACUUUUAGAUACAAGUAAUGCAAUUUCAAAAAUGAAACGGUUGUUGGAGACUAACAUAAGCCAUGAAACACAAGAACCCGAAAAUAAAGUUUAUGAAAAUAUAGAUUUAUGUACUGCUGAUCAGUCGUCAAUUUGGAGUUACCAUAAGCGAUUAGUACAAACCUCUACAGUUACACAAGAAACAGAAAACAAUGAACUGAAACAUUAUUUAACGCAAAAAGUAAUUGAUAUAAAAGAAGACCCAAUUGACUUCUGGAACAAACAUAAGUUCAUUUAUCCAAUGCUUUCAUGCAUUGCAUUUGAACAUUUGAGCAUUGUAGCAACCUCUGUUCCAGCUGAACGUAUGUUCUCAAAGGCGAGAGUCAUUAUGAAACCCCAUCGCAACAGACUGUUAGGAAGUAAACUAUCCAAAUUAGUUUACCUCAAUACUUUAUCAGAGAAAGAUUGGCACUUUUAA